AUGUGGUUAUAUAAGCCGGUCCCAAUACGGCGAAAGCGACGUUCACGGCAUCAACGACAACGACAAGAGACCAGCAUUGCUCGCGAGUUGGAGUUUGUGUCAGUAGAUGAAACGGAUGGAAAUUGCGGCUUGCAGAUGAACUUCGCGAUACAAUCAUUUCUCUCUGCUGAAAAUGUCAUACCGCACCCCAUCUACUUCCCUUUACCCCGAUACCUCGGAAACCAGGUCAACACGUCCAACCACAGGCAGAACUGUCGCUGGGGGGCAUCGAGGAACUCGGCCAGUAACGGCAGCUACAAGGGUAUCUCUCCGGCUGUUGGGUUAGCCUUUGUCAACCUCUCUACUUCAGAAGCCGUUCUUUCUCAAAUCUGUGACAGCCAGACCUAUGCCAGGACGGUGCAUAAACUGGCUGUAUUUGAGCCCACUGAAGUGCUGUUUAUGAAAACGGCAAAGGAAUCCCUCUCAAAACUAUAUGCAAUUGUGGAGGAAAAUCUUCCACAUAUCCGGAUCACUGCCAUCGAGAGGAAGUACUGGUCUGAGCAAAACGGCCAUGAUUAUGUUGAGCGGCUGGCCUUUAAAGAAGACAUAGAAUCCAUCAAAAUGGCUUUAGAAGGCAGUUACUUUUCCGCCUGUUGCUUUGCAGCUGCCCUGACUUACAUCGAGCUUGAACUCUCGAUGACUUUCACUUCCCAUUCUCUUCGUCUAAGAUACGAGCCGUCAGAAGGAUCUAUGAUGAUAGACUUAGCUACUAUUGUCUCGCUAGAACUUAUUCAAAAUCUACAAAACUCAAAGUCCAGGGAUUGCCUAUUUGGGCUCCUCAACGAAACGCACACCCCAAUGGGCUCUAGAUUGCUGCGAAGCAAUGUGUUACAGCCUUCUACGGAGCGCGCUAAACUGAUCACUAGAUAUGAUGCCGUCGAAGAGUUAUCAACUAAUGAGGGGAUGUUCUUUGCUAUCAGACAAGAAACUCUCAAUGACGAUGUGAGGUAUCAGUCCAGUGCUCUGGAUCUACGUAACCACAGAACCUAUGCAGUCAAGGCCGGAGUAAACAACCUCCUCGACGUUGCGAGACAAACCUACAAAGAAGCCAAUGAUGAUGUAGCAGAACUAUCCGCACGCCUUACUGAGGAGCAUGAUAUCCCAUUAGAUUUGAGAUUCGAAUCUGCUCGCCAUUAUUACUUUCGUGUGCGAUCUUCCAGUCUCCAGGAUACCCCAUUACCUGACGUCUUCAUCAAUGUGUAUCGAAGGAAGGCAUACGUGGAAUUCCAAACACUUGACCUUCUUAAGAUGAAUCAAAAGAUAACCGACUCCCAUAAUGAAGUUAUCAGCAUGAGCGAUCGAAGCAUCCAAGAGCUAAUAGAUGACGUUCGAUCGCAAAUUUCCAGCUUGUUUCGUAUUAGCGAAGCGAUUGCUAUGCUUGAUAUGAUGGCAGCUUUCGCUUACCUCCAAAACAUGCAAGAUUAUGUACGCCCUGAACUAACUGACACGGUAGCCAUCAAGGCUGGGAGGCAUCCUAUCCGAGAGAAAAUCCAUUCAACAAAAUAUAUCCCCAAUGAUGUUUAUGCUUCCCAACAGUCCCGGUUUCAGAUUAUAACUGGCUGUAAUAUGAGCGGGAAAAGCACGUAUAUUCGAUCGCUCGCUCUGAUGACGGUAAUGGCACAAAUUGGGAGUUCAGUCCCUGCUCAGUAUGCCUCAUUUCCUAUUGUGCAUCAACUAUUCGCUCGCGUCUCAACGGACGAUAACCAAGUUACCAAUGUGUCGACUUUCUCAACCGAGAUGAGAGAAAUGGCGUUUAUUUUGCGGAAUAUCGAUGCAAAAAGUAUGGUUAUUAUAGACGAACUAGGUCGCGGGACUGCUUCUGCUGAUGGACUUGCUAUUUCUAUUGCCAUAGCUGAAGCUCUCGUGGAAACUCAUGCCCUAGUCUGGUUUACUACUCACUUUCACGAUUUGCCGCGUAUCAUGGAGCACCGCACCGGAGUUAUCAAUCUGCAUCUUGCUGUCGAUAUGUCUGAUCCAAGGUCCAAAAUAACGAUGCUCUACAAGAUUGUUGAUGGCUACGUACAAGAACAACAUUAUGGUCUGGCGCUCGCCAGGAUCUUUUGUCUACCUCCUUACCUUAUAGCGGUUGCUGAGAAAGUAUCGACUCAACUUACUCUUGUUGCCCGGGACCGAAUCAUAUCCUCUGCAGCUAUUUCACUAGCUAAGCGACGUCGACUUCUGCUAACUUUGCGAGAACAGCUGCUACAAGCCCGCGAUGGGGUCAUGGAAAGCGAAGAGCUCAGACAAUGGCUCCUUCGACUCCAGGGGGAAUUUACUUUACGAAUGAUGGAUAUUGAAGCAGAAGCGGAAGCGCAAGCCGCUACUGCGGGAGGUAAAGACGCCACGCCCCAAUGUGAACAAAUUGAAGUUUCAGGAGAGUUCGAUCCAAUAAUGGAGGGUAUAUCGCCUCAUGGCACCAGCCCAUCUCUCCCUACAAAUCCGACUAUUAACCGUAGACGUCUUGGAUCUGCGUGUGUCGGACAAUCCUCGGGGAAUAGUGACUUGCUUUUUUAUAGCGAAGUUGAACGUCGAUCAGAUGUUAUGUCUACAUGUUCUUCAGACGAGUAG